CUCAAAAAGCCUCGGUAGAACCACUCUGGGCCUUUAAAAGGCAGUGAAAGCAACGACAAGGAGACACAAAUCAAGGUGAAACAUUGCUGGGCAACGUUUGAGGAGACACUGUGUGCAGUAAGUGGAACUGCUGCACUUAACUUUUUUUGGGCUGGCUGGAUCUCUGCCUCUGGGCGGACCGGGUACCUUCUGACUGAGGCAGCAAAUAAGAAAGAGCAAGACGACGUUUUUGACACAUCGAGCUGACAACAUGAAGGGGACACUGCAACUUGUUGUCAUCUGCUGCACUCUGUUGGCUGUGCCAUGUUCAAGUCAGCCAAGCUUUCCUGCGCAAGAGAAGGAUCCCAAUUUCUGGAGAGACUGGGCCCAAAAAACCCUGAACAAUGCGCUAAGGCUGCAGACACUCAACCAGAAUAGAGCCAAGAACAUCAUCAUGUUCCUUGGUGACGGGAUGGGCGUUCCCACGGUAACUGCCGCUCGGAUAUUGAAGGGUCAGCUGAGCGGACAGUCUGGAGAAGAGACCGUGCUGGAGAUGGAAAAGUUCCCCUUUGUGGCUUUGUCCAAGACAUACAACACAGAUGCACAGGUGGCCGACAGCGCCGGCACGGCCACAGCCUUCCUUUGCGGCGUCAAAGCUAACGCGGGCACGGUGGGCGUGAGCGCCAAUGCCGUCCGCUCCCAGUGCAACACCACGCGGGGUAACGAGGUCACCUCCAUCCUCAAGUGGGCCAAAGAUGCAGGCAAGUCGGUGGGCAUCGUGACAACGACUCGCAUCAACCACGCCACACCCAGCGCCGCUUACGCGCACAGUGUAGACCGAGACUGGUAUUCGGAUAACGAGAUGCCGGCUGAGGCGCUGCAGGCCGGCUGCAAAGACAUCGCCAGGCAACUGUUUGAAAAUAUCCCAAACAUUGAUGUCAUGAUGGGCGGAGGAAGAAAGUACAUGUUUCCCAAAAACACUUCGGACGUGGAGUACCCCACCGUUGAGAAGCAUAACGGCACGCGCAACGACGGUCGGAACCUGGUGCAGGAGUGGAUCAACAAAAACAAGAACAAUAAAGGCCAUUACGUGUGGAACAGGUCUCAGCUUUUAUCGCUCAACCCAAUCAAUGUCAAUUACUUACUGGGACUCUUUGAACCGUCAGAUCUCAUGUAUGACUUGGAGAGGAACAAUGAAAGCGAUCCGUCACUCACGGAGAUGGUGGAUGUGGCCAUCAGGAUCUUGAGGAAGAACCCCAAUGGAUUUUUUCUGCUUGUAGAAGGCGGGCGUAUCGACCACGGUCACCACGGAGGUCUGGCUCAGCUGGCUCUGCACGACGCCGUAGAAAUGGACCGGGCUAUCGGCCGAGCGGACUUGUUGACCAGCGUCUACGACACCUUGACUGUCGUCACCGCCGACCAUUCGCACGUGUUCAGCUUUGGAGGUUACACGUUUCGAGGAAACAACAUUUUCGGCUUGGCUCCCGAGGUGAGCGACGUUGACCAUAAGCCUUUCACCGCCAUCGCAUACGGCAAUGGCCCCGGAUACAAAUUAGUCGACGGCGAAAGGGAGAACAUCUCCAACGUUAACUAUGGUGACAUCCACUACCAGCCUCAGGCUGCUGUUCCGCUCAGCUCCGAGACCCACGGCGGCGAGGACGUUCCCGUGUUUGCCAAAGGCCCGCUGGCUCACCUGAUGCACGGCGUGCACGAGCAGAACUACAUCGCGCACGUGAUGGCGUACACGGCCUGCAUCGGGAUCAACAAGGCACACUGCGAGCAGGGCAGUUCCGUUUUUGAUGACGCACCACGCCCCGCCUUCUCCUUUGUUGUUGUCACCGCGUUGGCAGUCGUACGAUUUCUCUGUUGACGGCAAUGCAUUUUUAAUUUUUAAUCUUACGACUGUUGCUCUCGUUCUUUACUAUCCUUGAGUUGAUCUAUACGAUAACACUUUCAGAAUCUACAGACACGUAUGUCAAACAUAGCACCACGUUAGUGGAUGUUGCCACACUAUCUUCAGAUUCCUCAACCACAAUCUCCCUAUGCAAUAGACGAGCAUUUAUUGUGCAUAUUUUACAUUACGAAAAACUUACCACAGAACAAAAAUGUCACAAAAAAGAUGAUCUACUCAAAAGUGACACACACAAAAACAAAAGGCAACAGGUAUAAAGAUAGUUGUAUCUUCAGUCAUCUACUGUUUGUCAAUAUAUGUCGCUUGCAUAGAUAGAUGAAGAAAGGAUCAAUGUUUCAAAAGUCAGUACAAACCUUGCAUGUUUAUACAUUGUAAUGGAACAACACAAGAAAUGUAGUAAGUAGUGCACAGCUUGCAUAAAUAAAUGUAUUGUCCCCUCAAAAUAGAGCACAGCCAUUAAUGUUUAGACCACUGGCAAACAAAGUGACUAGACCAAAUGUCCAAAUUGGGUUCAAAGUGUCAAAGGCAUACUCACUUUUGUGAGACAUUAUAGUUUUUGUAAAUAAGUAGUUUUCUCACCAAUUAAGUGGAAUUAGAUCAUGGCAGAGUGGUUGAAAAUCCUUGUAGUGUUUUAAGUCUGAAACUGGCUUUGCUGUUUUUGUUUUUUUUAAACAAUAACAUCUACCUCAUACGUGUUGGGAUGAUGAAAUGUGGUAUGUAUGAAGAAAAAGUCACUUUUGAAUGUAUCAAUCACUAAACUAGAUCCCCAAAUAAAUUCUCAAUCGGUGUACUUUUCCAUCUGCUCUGUUGUGGUGGCUGCAGUUGGAUUCAUGUUUAAUUGUAGUGAGCCCAUGAUUGGCUGUUUGAUUGGGUUUAUUCCUGAACUGGUGUCUAAUAAAAAAUCUUGACAGUCUG